ACUAUCAAUCAACUCACAGCAUCACGAUACCAGCUCAUGCCUCGCCCCAUUGACUUCCAACUCAACUGGCGGUCGCUGCGUCUUCACCAUGGGUGCAGGGUACCCUUGCUCCACUGCCAGGUUGCCACCAACACUACCACCGGAUCUUUGCAUCCGUUUUCUCUCCUUCCUUUCCCAAAACGCCCAUACAAGCGAAGCACCCGCAAUGACGCCCAGAGGGACCCCAACUCCCACACCAAUGGCUGUAUCCCGCCCCGCGGAAGACGAGGAGGAAGACGAGGAGGCUGAAGAAGAUGCCAUCGAGGCCGACGAAUUUGACGAAGUACACGUACUAUUCCCCGACGACGCAUCCGCUGUAGAGUUCGCAAGCGCCGCAUACCCAUACAGCAUCUUCCCGGUAGCAACCUCAAACGAGUUCCCAUGCGGACAAAUCACCUCACUGCCGUUGCUUAUCGGAGUACCGCAACAAUAUGUUGAGACGCCAUUCUCAUACAGAAGAUUUAUUAUCGAGCAACCGCCGCCUUUGUUGAUACUUUCUAUACAGUACAGAAGAACCAAAGAUUAGCGUUAUUCCCCCAUCACCAUUCACCAAUACCAUUACUCAAAAACACCGGAAGUAUCAUGUAUGUACGUACGACAAACAGAGGGACAAUUGUCCGACUCCCAAUUCGGAUCCGUACACGCCCCGCGGGACAGAACAUACGGCUGUUCCCCCGUAUCCAUGCAGAGAUUAUUCGAUAGACAGACGUCGGACUUUCCACAACAUGCGGAAUACGUGUCCGAU